CCAUCGCAGUGCAGUGAACGCAGUGAACCUUUCGUGUCCACACAGACAGUCCGGACAGGAAAUCGUGAAGAAAAUUUUAAGCUUUGUACCGAUUGCAUUAUCUUUUUGAUAGUAAUCUCGUAUUAUUUUCACUUAUUACAGUGUCUGCAAGGUUUUCCGUCUUCAUCUUCACCAACCUGUGUCCCAAACAUGGCCAAGGUAAUCACCCAGGAAACUUUUGACGAUGUGGUCAAGGAAAACAUUGUUGAGUUUUCGAUGUCCGUGGAGGAAUCUCGCGAGGAAACGGUCAAACAGUUCGAGGCUCAGGGCAUAAAUCUGGCCAACAUUAUCAAAGACUUGAACUUGAACGCGGACAGUGGUGUUCCGCUAUUGAACGAAGCGGUGGAGUGGUUGAAGAGCAACCAAGCCAAUUUGGCUGGCGAAAACCAGGAAGAUGUCUGCAAACGGUUGGGCACGCUAGCGACGGAAUGUAAAUUGAGUGUUCCGCAUCGUGUACUGGCAGCAAAACUGGGUGCCUAUGAGAUGAUUGUCGAAGUCCUGGAUAAGGAAAAGGAGCUCAACAAGGAAGUCAUCUCGAAACUAGUUGCAGCAGCUAAUUCUAUCAUAAAUAAGCAGCCUGACAUUUUCAGCUUCAAAUCAUUGGAAGUUGUUUCAAGGUUAUUGAAAAAUGAGACCGAUAAAACGAUCGUUUGUGAUCUAUUGCGGUGGUUGCAGAAGGCAUGUAUCCUUCAUGAAAUGAACCGUCAAAUGAUCAUGGAGGAUAGUCCGACAUUGAAGCAUCUGAAGACACUUGUCGGGCAUGAUGAGUCGGAAGUAGUGAAAAAUGUUUGCGCACUGUUCCGGUAUCUUAUUCUGGAUGACGAUAUUCGCGUAGAGUUUGGAAAAGCUCACGAACAUGCUAGAACGCUGGCUGUUGAAACCCUAACAGAUAUCACCAAAUUGCUAUUCAAAUUCAAAUCGGAUCAAGAUCUGGUGUGUGAUUUGUUACUAACGGUCGCUUCGUUGACCGUGCGCAAUGAAUUUUGCCAAGUGGUCGAAGAUGCCGGCGGUCUCAAGUUCAUCAUGGAUGCUAUGGUAGAGUUUCCCGAUUCCAUUAAAAUCCUUAGAGAGUCAUGCAAACUAUUGAAAGCUCUUGCUGGUAAUGAUUCUGUAAAGUCACACAUUAUUCAGAACGGCGCAGCUCCACUGCUUGAAUCGGCUCUCAAUCGGCACAAAGAUAACGAGCCUUUCGCUCGGCACGCUUUGGUAUGCGUGGCAACCUUAGCUCUGCGAGAAAAGGAUAAUAGCAAAGCUCUGUUCGAGACGGGUAUUCCCGAAACCAUAGUUCAAACGAUGAAGAUUCAUCCCACCAGCAAAGUUGUUCAGCGGAACGGCGCCUGGUCGAUUAGGAACAUGGUUUCACGAUCGCGUGACCAGUGCGACACAUUCAUAAGUCAUGGAGCAGAGGAUGUGCUGAAUCAAGCGCUGACUGAUCAUCCAACUAUUGCUCACGACGUUAAAUCGGCUCUGCGAGAUUUGGGUUGCAAGGUGCAUCUGAACGAAGAAUGGAAGGCUCAGUCUGACAUUCAAAUUAAGAAGGAUGAUUAAUUCUCUUGAUAUUUAUACGUUCAAUCACAAAGACUUGUUAUUCCAUCGGAGUUUGUUUGCUGCUACUUUCACACAUAAAUCCUCAUUGUUUAAAAUAACCGUACUCACUGCCUUCAUUAAUUUUAUUAGUAUGCAACUACCAAGGCGACUACUAUUAUAUAAUGUACUUUAUACCUAUAUAAUACAAAUGCACUUUAUAACAGUA